AUGAUUUUCAAAUUAUCUCACCCUUCUGUUAUUUUUCUAAUACUAAUUUCUAUUCAUCUCACAACAACAAUUUUAAAGCUCAUAUUUGUUCCAAAGGUAAACUUCUUUUUUACUGGAAAAUACAUAAUAUCCAGAAUUUUUGAUUCCAGCCAGCCACAACAAUUCGAGGAGCAAGAGAAUGUUUACAUAGUUUUACACCAGUUCGAGAAUCUGAUGAUAGCUUUUUUAGAAGGGUGAGAUUUAAGGGAAGCAUAAAUAAUUUUAUCAAUAAAAAUUUGAGAUGUGGCCAACUUUGCAUCAAAUAGUUGACAAAUGUUCAGCGAAACAUUUCAAAAAUCGAUUUGUUAGGUAUGGAUCUGGAGAAAAUUCGAUUAUUUGGCUACCAUGGUUGGUUGAUGUAAGUUACAGUUGUAAUUUUCUCUAAUUUUUGGGAUCACUAAAUUUUUCCACGUCAUAACUCGUUCCAAAAAAUCACCUAUAAACCCUCAUUUUUCCAGCACGAAACUCAUAAAUGUAAUACGGUAUUUGUGCUUGAUGAAAACAAUUUGAGUAUGGAAAGAGAAUUGAAAAGAAACAAUCCAAAAUGUCAUGUUUAUUCAGUCAGCGAAAAUCAUCCAGAAGUUAAUCGAUUUCAAAAUCCUGAAUACAGUAUUCUAACAAUGAAACAUAAAAUGAAUCCGAAAUCAAGGCAAAUUAAUUGGGGAACUGAUCAUUGUAAGUUAAUCUUUGCUGAAAAUAUUUUUUAAACCUGAAAUUUAGAUGCUCGCGAUGCCGAUUCAAUGGAUCUUGUAUAUUUCCUAAUGGUCCAAGUGCAUCGCCCGCGUUUCGAUUCAAUCAAUUUAUUUUAUGGCGGUUCUGAUCAGAUUAAACUACUAUUCACAAAAUCUCCAUUUGAUGAUGCGAAUUUGUCCUCUUGUCAGGUAAAUAUCUCUCGUUUUUCCGUCUUUUAUUUGCUUGCAAUGUUUGCGUUGCCCUCUCGCACGGUUCCAUGGUGUAGCGGUUAGCACUCAGGACUUUGAAUCCUGCCACAGGUGGUGGGCUGGCAAUCCGUCUCAGACCUGUAGCGCACCAGUCAGUGAAAUUGGCCGUUCACAGGUCUGUUACUGGUGUCAGACGGGUGCAGACCUGUCACGGGUCGCCUAAAACUGGCGCGUCACGGGUCGCAUACUGCUCGACCAUCUCCCACACAAAACAUAGCGAGACGCACAAACAGCCAACUGUCUGCGAGUCAGUUUGUUUAAGAGAAGCGAGUGUUGCUUGCUUUUUCGAAUUAGAGGUUCUAUGAAAAGCUGUUCUAGUCCGUAUUGGACAUGACUACAAAGUCUAUAUUUUUGGUUUCUGGGGACAUUGGUCCUCUACAUAUAGAUUUUUUUCAUUUUCAAGUUCCCCUUGUUGACCCCUGAUCAGGAACUCUGACGGGUGUCAUACUGGUGCGAGACCGGUCGGUUCCGGUUUUCGGAACACUGGUGCGGCACAGGUCUGAGACGGGUUGCCAGCCCACCACCUGUGGCGACCCGAGUUCAAAUCUCGGUGGAACCUAGUGUUAUUUUUUUCAUUUUUUUUUUCAAAAUUUCAGUUCAAUGUAAUUUAUGAUCGCCCAAAAACUCGGCUGCAACGAAGAGCAUUCAAAAACACAUGGAGACGAUUAUUGUAUGAUCGAAGGUAAAAAGUAUUUGAAACAAAUUUUCUUAAAAUCAACAUUUUUACAGAUAUUUGAUCACGAAUGUGCGCAAACUUUCGAGCGGAAAUCGUAUUUCAAUUUUCAUAAUUAAUAUUUCCGAGCCAUAUUGUUGGGCAAAAUAUGUUAGUAAUUUUCCAUUCAUACCAAAAAACAUUUAG